ACUCAUUACCUGUACGCACCAUCGUGAAUGGCUACAAUAAAAAGAAGCAGCACAUACAAAUCUAAAUGUAAACAUAUGCAAAUCAUAUGGUACUAAAUUACACAUACGUAAAAAUAAAUAAAUUAACAUGAGUACACCUGGGAAUGCUGCAAAUCCUGCAGAGCUGACUGAAACCACCGAGGAUAAGCGCCCAAAGUUUGGAAAUCGUUUUCUGACCGAUGAUAAUGAUGUCUUUAAACACAACGCUUGGGACAACGUUGAAUGGGAUGAGGAACAAGAGAAAGAAGCACUUGCUGCUGUGACUAAAAAUUCUACCCAGAAAAUGAAUGCGGAAGAUAAAGAAAAGUUUCAAAAUGAUGCUGACAAGUUUUGGGACUCGUUUUAUGGUGUACAUCAAAAUCGUUUCUUUAAAGAUCGCCAUUGGUUAUUUACAGAGUUUACUGAACUUGCUGCGCCCCAUGCUGCCGAAGACCAAAAGCCACGUAGUAUAUUUGAAUUAGGCUGUGGUGUUGGAAACACGAUAUUGCCUAUUUUGAAAUAUAGCAAUGAACCGCAGUUAAAAGUUUAUGGCUGCGAUUUUUCCGAACGUGCCAUUGAAAUUUUGAAAACGAGUAAGGAUUACGAUACCAAACGUUGUGAAGUCUUCGUUAUGGAUGCAACGCUCGAUGAAUGGUCUGUGCCUUUUGCUGAAGGUUCAUUAGAUAUCAUAGUGUUAAUUUUUGUACUCUCGGCUAUUGAACCCACCAAAAUGAGUCGUGUAGCUGGUAAUUGUUUUCGUUACUUGCGUCCGGGCGGGUUGUUACUUUUUCGUGACUAUGGUCGUUAUGAUAUGGCACAGUUGCGUUUCAAAAGCGGUAAAUGUUUGGAGGAUAAUUUCUAUGUGCGUGGUGAUGGGACAUUGGUAUACUUCUUUACACAAGAAGAGGUACGGGAUCUUUUCUGUAAAGCCGGUUUCGUGGAGGAGCAGAGCGUUGUAGACCGUCGGCUCCAAGUCAAUCGCGGUCGUAUGCUAAAAAUGUAUAGGGUGUGGAUACAAACAAAAAUGCGUAAGCCAAUAACUGAAACAAUAAAUCAAUGAAAAGUAAUUUAGUAAA